AUGGAGCGAUUUAAUAUUCCUCAGAAUACUCAGGAAGAAAAUUUCUCUUUCCUUGAAUACUCGGGUGGUGACACGCAAGCGUCGCAAUAUGAUUACAACGAUUUUUCCAUUGAUUCCACUGUGAAUUCACAGCAAACAAAUAGUUUGAUUGACGGAUCACAAUCCCAGUUUGUCGAACCCGAUUUGACAGGCGUUGGUGUUGACGAUAUUGAUCCCUUUCAAGACUUGACCACCCAUGAAAAAGAAUUACCUGAACAUGCUUGCGGGUACUGCGGAAUACAUGCAGUGAACUCGGUAGCUAGAUGUGUAACUUGCAAUAAGUGGUUUUGUAAUUCUCGGGGUAACACCUCCGGUUCUCAUGUUAUUAAUCACCUUGUGCGUGCCAAACACCGAGAGAUUGCUUUGCAUCCUGAUUCUCCGCUGGGAGAGACGACGCUUGAAUGUUACAACUGCGGUUGUAGAAAUGUUUUCUUGCUGGGAUUCAUCCCCGCAAAAAGUGAUACUGUUGUUGUUUUGCUUUGCAGACUGCCAUGUGCCUCUACGCCAAGCAGCAAGGAUAUGAAUUGGGACACAUCGCAAUGGCUUCCUCUUAUCGAUGAUCGGUGUUUUCUACCGUGGCUUGUGAAAGUUCCCAGCGAACAGGAGCAACUUCGUGCGAGACAAAUUUCUGCGCAUCAAAUAAGCAAACUUGAGGAAUUGUGGAAGGACAAUGCAGAGGCGACACUCGAAGAUUUAGAAAAGCCUGGAAUCGAUGACGAUCCACAGGCCGUUUUGUUAAGAUAUGAAGAUGCAUAUCAAUAUCAGAAUAUUUUUGGACCGUUGGUUAAAAUGGAGGCCGAUUAUGAUAAAAAAUUAAAGGAAUCUCAGACACAGGAUGACAUUGUUGUUCGUUGGGAUAUUGGAUUGAAUCAAAAACGCGUCGCAUGGUUCUAUCUACCAAAGCUUGAGUCCGGGGAGGUACGUCUGGCUGUUGGCGACGAGUUAAGGCUGCGAUAUCGGGGUGAAUUACACCAAUCGUGGGAGUGCGUUGGACACGUCAUUAAAAUACCUAAUAAUGUUAGUGAUGAAGUUGGCUUGGAAUUGCGCCGCAAUGAUAACACACCAACCGAGUGUACACACAAUUUUUCGGUAGAUUUUGUAUGGAAAUCUACUAGUUUUGACAGAAUGCAAGCGGCGAUGAAAACUUUUGCUGUGGAUGAAACUUCUGUGAGUGGCUACAUUUAUCAUAAGCUCCUGGGUCACGAGGUAGAGCCGCAAGUUCUUAAAACUCAAAUGCCGAAAAGGUUUUCUGCUCCACAUUUGCCAGAAUUAAAUCAUUCACAGGUUUAUGCUGUGAAAAGUGUCUUACAAAAGCCUCUUAGUCUGAUCCAAGGUCCGCCUGGUACAGGGAAAACUGUAACCUCGGCGACGAUUGUUUAUCAUCUUGCAAAGAUGAAUCCUGGUCAAGUGUUAGUUUGUGCACCAUCUAAUGUUGCUGUCGAUCAAUUAACGGAAAAGAUCCACGCAACUGGACUGAAAGUUGUUCGUCUCACUGCAAAAUCUCGCGAGGCUUUGGAUUCCCCUGUUUCUUUCCUUACCCUGCAUGAACAAGUGCACAACAAUGAUACCAAUGUGGAAUUGCAGAAACUUAUUCAGCUGAAGACAGAACAAGGCGAACUAAGUAGUUCUGAUGAGAAAAAGUAUAAGACGUUGAAACGUGCCUGUGAAAGAGAAAUUUUACAG